CUCAAACUGAGGUGCGGCUGCACAUAAGAGGGACCAACAGGUGUCGCAUCUGUCUGUAGACCUUCUCUCCAGCACACAGAUCUGUACUUUUGUCUGAAGAUUCAAAAUGUACGGACACAACCAAGGAAACCAGUACCCCCCUGGCUACCCAAACAACCAUCAACAGAUGCCAGGGGGUUACCCACAAUAUCCUCCAGGCAGCGUCCCACCACCAAACUACCCUUCUCAGCCCCACGGUCCACACGGAGGCCAACCCGGAUAUGGGCCUGGGCCUGGUUAUGGCCAAGGGCACGGAUACGGACAGGGCCACGGGCAGGGACAUGGACAGGGCCACGGGCAGGGACAUGGACAGGGCCAUGGACAGGGCCACGGACAGGGCCAUGGACAAUGCCAUGGACAGGGCCAUGGCCAUGGCCAAGGGCACGGAUCCGGACAUGGUCAUGGACAUAGCCACAAGCACAAGCAUGGUCACAAGCAUGCCAAGUGUCACAAGAAAGGAAAGAACUGUCAUGGGUCCUCCAGCAGCUCCUGCAGCAGUGACUCUGACUGAUAAAGAUUCGUUGAGGGAAAGAGGGGAGGCACAGACCUUCAUUCUUUGACCAGAUACGAUGAUCAACAUUUUACUGCCCAAAUGUUUUUGUAAAUGGAUUUGUAUUUAAAAGAAAAAGUCAUAAUAAUCAGGUUUCUGUGAAAAUGUAUUAUAUGAAAAAAAAACAUUUAACUUUAAAAAACAUUUUCAUAAUUUCAUAACAUUGGUGUAACAUUCCAGACAUUAUUGCAUCUAUGAUUGUU